ACCAGAUUAUCAGCAUGCUCCAUAUUUCCUCUCAGAACAAUCCACACAGAAAUGGAGCUUAUUGGACUGACAGCAUCGUCACUUCAGUUUUCAUAACUACGUGCCAAAAAUAUUCCAAUAACGAUUUACAUUUAACUUUCUGAAUAUGUGUUGCUGCACAGUUGAUGAAUGUGUAUAAAGCAGUUAAAAGAUAAAAGUGUGGACGACUUGGCAAAUAUGUGGACUUGUACCAUUUGGUUCUUAAUGUUUCUGGCACCCUGGGAAAUAAGUUUAAACAUAAGAGCUGAAGACAUUACUAACAUAACAAAGCUGAAACCAGUCUACAACUUUGGCAAGAACUUUCUGGGUUUGGAUAAGUGUAAUGCCUGUAUCGGAACAUCGUUGUGCAAAAAAUUCUUUGAAGAAAAAAUCAGAUUUGAGAACUGGCUAUCUGCAGAUUUGAGACUCCCCCCCAGCUACAGGAACACUUACUUUGCCAAUUAUAGCGUUGAUGCUGAGACCUGGAAGCCAGUCGUCAUUUCUCGAUUACAAAGCACAUAUCAGAAUGAACUUUCUGAUCAGAAAAUCUGCAUCUCAGCAGCAAAGAAAGUUGCGUGCAGCAUUGAAAAUGUCCUCAGAGCCACAGAGCGUUUCCAGAAAUGGCUCACAGCUGAUCGGCUGACUGUUGAGCUGGUCCAGAGUCUCCCUAGCCCCUUGCUGAGAUGCCCAUCCCAGCGGCUAUUGGACCGGAUCGUUCGACGUUAUGCUGAAGUGAGGGAUUCAGGUAGUGUCCUGAUGCGACAUUUCACUGAUCGAGACAAACUGCGCCUGCUCUAUACAUUGUCUGUCAACACCCAUCCUAUUGUCCUACAGCUUUUUCCAGGGAUAGAAGGAUGGCCAUUUUUGCGAUACUUUGGAUCUUGUGGUCGAGUAAUUGUGACUCCAUGGACAAAAUCCAUCAAAGAGUUUUACAAUGCAUCCUCUAAAGUCACUGCUGAUGUUGCUUACCAGCUUCUACAUAUUACUCACUUGCUGGGAAACAAUGACUUGAAUUAUUUCAUGUACUAUACCAGUGUCCGCAGUAACAUGUUUGGCACCUUUGAGGAUGGACGACUUUACAUUAUAGACACUAGCACAAUAGGCAUCAUUGACAAACUGGAAGAUAAGAAAUUCAUCCAUGGAAAAAAGGAUGUCUUCUCGUGUUUGACUUCAGACUGUAAAACUGAUUUUUCACCUUGUGGGAACAUCAGUGAGGCACAAAACUUCAUCAAGGUGUGCAGAGACCUCCUGCCUCACCUAGUGGUAGGCAAAUUUGGCUCUUCGCCAACUGUGCAGAACCAAAUAGACAGAUAUCUGAGUCUCUGCAGUGAUGAGAUGCUCUCCACGAAGGCUAUCCUUGAGGCAGCCAGUUGGCUUAUGGAACUCUUAAAAUCCUUACGUUCUUGUGAUCCUCGUUUUGAAUACAGAUAUCCAGAAUGCAAAUACAAUAAAGAAUACUAAUACCCUGAA